AUGAGAAGGCAGCCCACAACUAGUAAAGAUGAAGAGGUUACAAAGGAAAGAGUGUUAAAGGUUGGAGGCGCAAGUAGUUUUGCUUGGCGCUGGAGACAUGACCCGACAUCUUUAGAUGAAACUUUGGAAUUGACCGAUUUUUUUAAUUUGCUUGCGUCUGUGACACUUUCUGAAAAGAAAGAUUCAUGGACGUGGCAUGGUACCGGCUCCGAGUUCAAUGUGGCGAAUCUGAAGGCAUGGAUUACAACUAAUGAGGUGUCAAAUACAGCGGCUAUCUUUGAUUGGUGCAAAUGGCUUCCGCAAAAAUGUAAUAUAUUCAUGUGGAGGGCUAGAUUGGAACGGUUACCUACUAAGGAAGCUUUGAGCAAGAGGAACAUUCACGUUGAAGAUAAUUUAUUGUUUUUUUGUGAAGAUAGAGCAGAGACGGCAGAGCAUAUUUUUACAGGUAGCAUUUUCUCUAAUGUGUUGUGGCAGGCUAUUGCGAGAUGGUGUCGGCUCCCGGUGUUUUAUGUUUGUGAUUUACAGGACCUUACGAGCAUUUAUAAAAGUAUGAGAGUAAAUGUGACUACGAAGAACAUGGUGCAUGGCUUGGUGAUCAUCGGAUGUUGGAGGAUUUGGAAGGCUCGGAAUGACCGUAUUUUCAAUAAUAAGAAUACAAAGAUUGACGAGGUCAUUUCAGAUGUUAAGGCUUAUGGGUUUCUUUGGUAUAAUAAUAGGAAUACAAAUGUAAAAUGCACUUGGGACGAAUGGUGUAACUGUGAUAUGUUGUAA